AUGGCUUCAAGCUUUUUGUUUUUGAAGACAGUAAAUGUUUACAUUGUCAAUGAUUUGGGACCAGGAAAGGUACUCACUGCCCAUUGUCAAUCCAAAGAUGAUGACUUAGGUGUGCAUAGCCUCGAAUUUGAGAAUGUGUAUACGUGGUCCUUCAAGAACGUAAUUUAUGGGGGAACACUAUUCUAUUGCGAUUUCGCGUGGGAGAGAUCGCCGGGCGCAAAAGUAACUGGUCAUGUAGAUGUAUAUGAUUGGUUCAAUGAUAUAAAACUUUGUGGUGUGGAUUGUUGGCGGAUGGUCCAACAAGAUGGCAUUUUUGCUUUGGACUCAGAUACUGCAAGCGUUAGAAAAAUGGGUUCAUGGGCAAAUUGA